AUGGUAGCCCUCAAGUCUUUCCUCCUUUUCUGUGCCCUGAGCGCCGAAGCUUUGGCCGCUGCUGCUCCAGCACCAACAUGCGCAACUGCGCUCGGACCCAAGUCUGUGAAGUCUGUCCCAACAGCUACUACAACUGUUGUUGAGAAAAUCACGAUUGUCAAGAAGUUCAUCCGCAAGGUCAAGGUCAUUGUUAUAGCCGAUGCCGCUACCAAGACUGCUACAAGCGUAAUCACUUCCGAGCAGACCGAGUACAGCACUUCUACCAGCACACACGUAACAAUGACCGAUAGUAUGACCUACACGACCGUCUACAUCACCUCAACAGUACCAGCUCCCGCUGGUUUCACUCCUGUUCUCAAUGAUCCCUCGUAUGUCGCCAGACGCAAGGUCCGCGCCGUUGAAAACAGGGAUACAGCCAUUAAGCCCCUCGUUACAUCCGCUUUGUAUCCCCAAAAGGUUGCCUGUACCGUCAAAAAGCCCUCUUACUCGACCAAGACUACCACUAUCACGGCCCAGGGACCACGAGUCACACUAAAGGCUGCUACAAAGACUGUCAUGUCAACUGUCUAUUCUACAAUCACCACUGUCUCUUAUCCUCAUGAUGUCAGCACCACGACUACCACGACCAGCUAUCCUACAACAACCUCUUGGACCUCAACUACUUCUACCUCUACUGUUACCAACACUGUCACCAUCGAGUCUGAUAUUCCCACCGCAACCGUAUACGCUGCAUGCAGCAGCAAUAAUAUCGUGAGCACCGCCAAUAACGGAGGACGUAUCGUGGCAUGGAAGAAUGUUGCUGCUACCGAUAAUAAACCAGCUUCUCUCGGCAGUGGCUUCACUGCAGAGACUUGUUGUGUCGAGUGUCAGAAACGACCCUUCUGCCGUGUCACUCUUUUCGACAACUCCACCGGCACCUGCUAUGUUUACGUGACUGGUACUUCAGGCACUUGCGCCAAUGGAGCUCAGCCUUUCUUUGGAAGCUACUUAACGAACACUAAUGCCCCAGUAACACCUCAUUAUAUAUUUUCCAAUGGUCCAUGCGGUGCUCUUAUAAAUGGUGGUGGUAGCUGA